AUGCCACUCUCAGGCCCACCAAGGGGUCCCAAUCUAACAGACCCCAAUGAAUCUAACAAUUCUUCUAAUGAUGAUAAUAAUAAUAAUACUCCAAGUACCUUUAAUCCUCACCACUCUCAUGAAAUAAAAGAAAGAAAAGAAGAAGAGAUAGAAAAAGGAAAAGAAGAAGAAAUCGAAAAGGAAAAAGAAAAAAAAGAGACUCCCCAUCACAUUGAAACUAAAACUGAUGACUCAAAUCAACUUUUUAAGUCCUCCUUUACCUUUGGAGCUCCUCCAACACUUUUUUCUUCUUCUUCUUUACCUUUGCAACAACAAAAUGUCGGGCCAGUGGCGACAAAUACACCAACACCUCCCUCUUCUCUUUCCGGUGCUGCUACUACUACUAAUACUACUAAUAAAAUUACUGCAGUCCCACUACGAAAUGAUAAUGACAGCUGUGGUGGUGGUGGUGGAACCCAUUUUGACCCCACAACAAACCCUCCACCACAACCACCACUACCAUUAUUAUCAACGGCUCAAAUAACAACAACAUCAUCAUCAUCAUCAACAACAACCUCUCCUCCACUACAACCACAAUUACAAACAAUCAACACCCCUUUAUCGCCACCACUUGUAAAUACACAUGGCCCUCUCGAAAACUCACAACUUCCCACUCAAUCAAAUCCCAGUAAUGAUCUUAAUACCCCUAAUUCAAUUGCUACUGCUACUACCACUACUACUACUACUACUGGUGCAGCUUCUACUUCUGUUUCUGCUAUUAUUACUGCUACUACCUCUUCAACAACAACUGAUAUCCCUCCUCUACUACAACGAAGACAAACUGUCACUCAAGUCCCACCACCUAAAAACAUCAUUGACCGACUCCGCGAGUUCUCUCUCUUCAAAUCUGCACCUGAACCCUUUCUCAAUACCCUUGCCAGUAAACUGCGACCCUUUAAUGUAAGCGCCCAUGAAUUCAUCAUAACUGAGGGAGAAGAGGCCCGCGCAAUGUAUUGGAUUCUUCGCGGAUCAGUUUGCAUUGUUUCUCGCGAUGGCGAGUCAGUCCAUGCUGAGCUUGGCCCAGGAUCCUUUUUUGGUGAAAUUGGAAUUCUUUUUGACCGCCCAAGAACUGCAUCUGUCCAGGCACGAACUAGAUGUACACUGGUGGUGCUUACUGCAGAUGCUCUCAAUGAAGUUCUUCCGGCAUACCCCGAAAUCGAGCGCCUUAUUCGUGACGAAGCCCAAGAGCGGCUGGCCGUUCUUGAAAAGAACCAAAAGCCUGGACCUGGACCUGGACCUGGACCUGGACCUGGACCUGGAAUCGACCCUAAUUUGGAUCCCCAAGCCCCUUCUGAAGAGUCUCAGCAAAUACAAACUCAACAACCCCCAAUCUUGCAUCAACCGCAACCUCAAAGACCUAUCCAAACUGAUUUGGUUACUGAAGCAUCAACAUCAACAUCAUCAACAGCAACAGCACCGGCUUCUUCAACUACCAAUGUCACUAACUCGUCUUUUGUUCCUACCUCAUCCUCAGUCUCCUCCUCUUCUCCUCCUCCUUCACAACCUUUAAACACUCCUGCUGUUGCUCGCCGUGGAAGCGUUGGCGACCAAAUCUACUUGGAAACUACUCGCGUGCGUGAACUACUCGAGGAACUCGCCCUCUUUGCCGAACUCCCAGCCCCAAUUCUUCACAAACUAGCCCUCUCCAUCGAGCCCUUAACUUAUGCACCCUUUGAAACAAUCAUCCAGCAAGGCAGACCUGGCAAAGACAUUUACUUUAUCCUUGACGGCCAAGUAGAGGUCAUUGACGAAGAUUCAAAUUCAACCAUUGCUCGGCUCUCGCGCGGUGCUUACUUUGGCGAAAUGGCCUUUCUAUCCCUCGCCCCCCUCAGAACUGCAACCGUCCGCUCCGUUUCCGAAGUCACUUGUCUCGUGCUCACAGAGCGCGCCUUGGAUGCUCUUUGUGUAGACUACCCUGAUAUCCCGCUUAAAAUCGAGCGCACAGCCAAACAGCGCAUGGACACAAACCAGUCACAAAACAUUUGGGAUCCCAGACAAGCCGCUGCCGGAUCUGGUAUACUUGGCGAGGGGAAUGAUGCACGACCUAGUAGUACUGGCAACGGUGCAGUUACUCCAGACUCGCUUGACAAUUUGCAUUUGCAUAAACACCGUAACCGCCACUCUAGCAUUUCCACCAGCUCUUCUUCUGACCACGGUAUUGCCUCUUCAAUUGACUUGAAGGUAAAACCUCUUGACCAAGAUCCGUUUGCCGCCCGCCCAGAACGCUCGGACGAUAUAGGCCAGGGCGAGUCCGGGCUCGGGCUUUUUUCCAAAUCUUGGAACACUGCCGGUUCCUUUGACACAGCCCUGCGGCCACCAAUCCCAGAAGACCCGCUCGAUCCCAUGGACCCACACAGUCCGGAUUCAUAUGAGGCGAAUAGUGGUCCGGGUAAUAACAAUAAUGGAAGUAAUAAUAAUAAUAGUAGUAGUGCCCAGGGAAUUACCCACGAAGCGUCUUCUAUUUUUAAAGAAAGCUUUUUGGGUGAAUCGUCGUCUCAGGGACUACAAUCUAGCAAUAGUCCUGCCCGACCCCCUUCCAUUACUCCACCUCCACUAGCUUCUACGGACCUUGGAGACCCAUCCUUUGCAUUGCAGUCUUUACAACAUCCACAUCAGGCCCCGGCGCUGCAAACCCAGCAGCAGCUAGAGGAAGAGCAAACGCAGAAACAGCAGCUUGAACUCCAGCAGCAGCUUGAACAGCAACAUCAGCUACAACAGUUGCAUAUUCAACAGCAAUUCCAGCAGCAACAGCUGCAGCAACAACAACACCAACACCAGCAACAACAACAACAACAACAACAACAACAACACCAGCAACAACACCAGCAGCAGCAACACCAGCAGCAGCAACAACAACAACAACAACAACAACAACAACAACAACAACAACAACAACAACAACAACAACAACAACAACAACAACAACAACAACAACAACAACAACAACAACAACAACAACAACAACAACAACAACAACAACAACAACAACAACAACAACAACAACAACAACAACAACAACAACAACAACAACAACAACAACAACAACAACAACAACAAUAUCAGCAACAACCCCCUCCACCACGUCAAAGUCGGAAAUCUGUGUCUCUUGCCAUUCCGGCACCUAUAGGGUCUCCUUCUGCCGGGGGAAUGGUGCCAGGUGGAAGUAACUUUUCUGGAGGAGGACCCUUGGACUUGGAAACUGAAGACAAUAACGGUCAACCCCCAGGAACAAUCAUUGUAGCCCCAGCAACUGCUCCUGACAGCAACUACGAGUCGCCGCUGGACCGGCGGCGACGGUACUCACAGCCAAUGAGCACCUCAUCUUCCACCUCACUGCACACUCUUGGCGGGCUGUUACUGCAUCCACGAGUGAAGCGGGCUCGUUACGGUGGUCGGCGGCGGUCGUCGCUCGUUAAUAUUGGUCCAUUCCCAGAUAAGAUUCAGAUUCAAAUUUUCCAGCACUUAGGACUACGAGACUUGAUGCGGCUGCGACGAGUGUGCCAGCAUUGGCGGCACAUGCUGCAAACAUCGCCAUUUUUGAUGCGCGUUUUAGAUCUCUCUGCAUUCAAUACAACCAUCAAUGAUCGCAGCAUUGUAUCCAUUACCAACUUUGCAGGAACACGUCCGAAGAUUGUUGACAUUUCCAACUGUUUCCACCUCACAGAUGAGGGCUUUUCAUAUCUGGUCAAUGGCAUUGGCUUGGCCAAAAUCCAAGUUUUCAAAAUGAGGUCUGUUUGGGAAGUCACCGGCAUGGCCAUUAUGGACUUAACGGUGCCGUCCAUUGGCUCAGAUUUGGAAGAAAUUGAUCUCUCCAACUGCCGCAAGGUUGGCGAUGGAACCCUGUCACGUCUUAUUGGGUGGGUUGUUCCUCCGCAGUACCCUCCCACAAAUGAUCCUUUGAUUCCACCAGGAAGCCAGUCGGUACAAGGUGGCACGGUUGUUGGGUGUGCGCGUCUUAAACGCAUUUCUCUCAGUUACUGCAAGCACAUUACGGACCGGUCUAUGUACCAUAUGGCAAUGUUUGCAUCGGACCGCAUCGAGUCGCUUAAUCUGACGCGGUGCACUUCCAUCACAGACCACGGGUUUUCGUACUGGGCCCUACGCCAGUUCACGGCCCUCACACACUUGUGUCUGGCUGACUGCACGUUUCUCACAGACAAGGCCAUCAUGGCCAUAACUUCAGCUGCAAAAAACCUACGGUCUUUAGUUUUAUCCUUUUGCUGCGCGCUCACCGAUGUUUCUGUGGAGGUGUUGGCUCUUGGGUGUCCGGCGCUGCAGUCGUUAGACCUGGCCUUUUGCGGGUCUGCAGUCUCGGACGCGUCACUCACAGCCGUGGCUUUGCAUUUGCUGGAGCUUGAGUCGCUUUCUGUGCGUGGGUGUAUCCGAGUAACUACGACCGGCGUCAACCGGCUGCUUACAGAAUCGCAGCGGUUGCGGUAUCUGGACGUUACGCAGUGUCGCAAUGUCGUUCCCCCGCUUAACAUUCCAGCAGGACUUGAGCCGCCGCCGCGCUCCUUGGUCCGCGCAGAACCUUUUUCGCACACGGCUCACCCAGCCAUGCUUGCGGAUGCAGUGCAGGCCCAGGUUCAUGCCCAAGUGCAAGCGCAACUUGCGGCAACGGCACAUGCAGAGGCAGCAGCAAGAGCACACAAUGCAGCUAUGGCUGCGCAUCAUGCUGGGGCGCAUGGAGCGCAUCAAUUGUAUGUGCACAAUCCCGCACAACAAACACAGGCCGGACAACAGCAAACAGCCGCUCCCAAUGUAGGUCCAUCGACGAUUCCUCAAAUUAUGCCGUUUUUGUUGGCGCAAAUCCCCGCGCCUCCACCGGCCCGUCCCUAUCUUUUUAUUAAGAUGGACUGA